AUGGGGAAAGGCAAUAAAGAUGAUAGGCUCAGCGCACUGCCUGAUGACAUUCUAGUCAACAUUCUUGAUCGUCUCAAUGUCCCCGAGGCUGCAAGAACCAGCAUCCUCUCAAGAUGGUGGAGUCAGCUCUGCGCUAAGCUCUCUCGUCUUAUAAUAAAUGCUCUGGACUUCCUGCCUGAGGUUGUGUCACGCACCAACAUCUCUGUUGAUGAAGUGGUUAAGAUCAAUGCAGCUGCGGCUAAAGCGACAGAGAGUGUACUGGCACGUAGAAAUCUAGGUGAACACACCACCCACCUUCUUUCUACGACGUUCUACCUGAGAGGUGAUGUCCCCAUAUUCAUUGGACAUGCUGUUGGUCAUGCCAUGUCAAUACACUUGGUCGAGAAUGUCGAAUUCAGUAUUAGGACAGGGAAGGAUCAUGUCGCUGAAAUUGAAGGUGAUGAUGAAUUGGUCACCUGGGCGAGAGAAUUCAUGUUGUUCUUUGAUGCUUGUCCAAAUGCAUUUGGUGGUCUCACAAGCCUCGACCUGUGGAAUUUGAGGUUUGGUGAAUCAGGCAUAUCCUGCAUCCUCACCACCUGCAAGCAGUUGAAGCAUCUGUACUUGUACAAUUGUGACUCUGGUGAUGGCAGCACGCUGCAAGUCGAACAUGCUAAUCUCAGUGUGCUUUGUAUCGUCAAUUGUUGUCUUGCACAAGUUAAGCUGAACUGGCUCCCUCAACUCACACAGCUGGCGUUUGACGGUUGGAUAGAAUUACAAGAUCCACUGGUUCUUGGUCAUGUUCCAUUGCUUGAGGCUGUAUGCCUCACGAAUGUUGGCCUUAGUGUCAACAAGAUAGUCAAGUUAAGUACAUUUCUUAGCAGUACCUCUAUACAAGAUCUGAAGUUAGGAUUUUGUUCCGAAAAGAUUUGGGUGCAGCCAGAAUGUCCGAUGGAAAGUAUGGCAUCUGUGUUCCGACAACUAAGGUUUGUGAAUCUAGUUGAACUUCCUGAAGGGUAUGAUCUCACCUGGACAAUGUUCAUUCUUGAAGCUGCACCCUUUCUGAAGGAGCUAUACAUGACAAUAUGGGAUCAUGUGUGUCAUAUGGAAUUGGAUGAAGAGAAGCGGAAAAAAUUACAGUAUAGUGAGAACAAGGGUGUAGAGUGGGGCUCGACUGCAUCUGAUUUCCAACACCACAGUUUGGUCACACUCGUCAUAUUUGGCUUUGAAUCUGAAGAAUACUUUGUUAGUUAUGUCAAACGUAUUAUGGCGGCGGCGAUCAAUCUAGAGGAUGUGUUCCUGUAUAGUAGGUUGGAGUUGGAGUGUGGCAAGUGCCAGGACUUGAAGCCGACAAGGUUCCCCUGGACUAAAAGGCAGCAGAUUUCAUUGAAGAAGAGAAUCACUGCAGGGAUUGAGUCGUUUGCCAUAAUCCACUCGUCCGGGCCGUCGCGCCGCCGCCGCUUCCUCCCGCCGCCCAUCCUGCGGAACCUCGUAGGCGGGCGCGACGGGGGAGCUGGAGGCCGACGGGAGAGCGCUGCGGCGGCUGGUGGACAGCAUGAUGAGGUCAAUAGCACCUAUUUUUGUGGGUGUUGUGAAGGAUAG